UCUGGCGGAGGAUUAACAUACAUACAUGUGUAUGUAUGCGUCACGUAUAUAUUUACUGCAAAUGGUGGGGAUCAUUUAGUGCCCGAGAUGGGAGACCUGAAGUCAGGUUUCGAAGAGGUGGAUGGCGUGAGGCUCGGCUACCUCAUCAUUAAAGGAAAGCAAAUGUUUGCUCUCUCCCAAGUCUUCACAGAUCUGCUGAAAAACAUCCCGAGGACGACCGUGCACAAGCGCAUGGAUCAUCUGAAAGUGAAAAAGCACCACUGCGAUCUGGAGGAGUUGCGGAAACUCAAAGCAAUCAACAGUAUCGCCUUCCACGCGGCCAAAUGCACGCUCAUCUCCCGGGAAGACGUAGAAGCGCUCUACACCUCCUGCAAAACCGAGCGUGUGCUCAAGACCAAGCGAAGGAGGGUCGGUCGGGCCCUGGCCACAAAGGCGCCGCCGCCAGAGCGCGCCGCCGCCGCCGCCAGCCCCCGCCCGGCUUUUUGGAAGGACAAGCACCAACUUUGGCGGGGCCUGAGCGGAGCCGCGCGGCCCCUGCCAAUCAGCGCGCAGUCCCAGCGUCCGGGCGCCGCCGCCGCCGCGCGCCCCGCCGCCCAUCUACCUCAGAUUUUUAGCAAAUACCCGGGCUCGCACUACCCGGAGAUCGUUCGCUCGCCUUGCAAACCCUCUUUAAACUAUGAAACUGCCCCGCUCCAGGGAAACUACGUCGCCUUCCACUCGGACCCCGCUUAUUUUCGGAGCCUGCUGUGCAGCAAGCACCCCGCUGCAGCCGCCGCCGCCGCCGGGGCCACUUGCUUGGAGAGGUUUCAUCUGGUCAACAGCUUCUGCCCGCCUCCCCACCACCACCAUCACCACCACCACCAUCAUCAUCACCAUCACCACCGGGCCCAGCAGCCAACGCCGAGUCACCACCCCCCUCACCACCACCGGCCGCAGCCCCAUCUAGGAAGCUUUCCCGAGAGUUGUAGCAGCGACUCCGAGUCCAGCUCCUACUCCGACCAUGCAGCCAAUGACUCGGAUUUUGGCUCCAGUUUAUCCAGCUCCAGCAACUCGGUGUCCUCGGAGGAAGAGGAGGAGGAAGGAGAGGAGGAGGAAGAGGAGGAGGAGGAAGAGGGGGGUAGCGGAGCCUCCGAUUCCAGUGAAAUCAGCUCCGAGGAGGAGGACUCCUCCACCGAAUCAGACUCCAGCUCCGGGUCCAGCCAAGUGUCAGUGCAGAGUAUCCGUUUCAGGCGCACCAGCUUCUGCAAGCCUCCCAGUGUGCAGGCGCAGGCCAACUUCUUAUACCAUCUGGCCUCCGCCGCCGCUGCAACCAAACCCGCUGCUUUCGAGGAUGCCGGCCGACUUCCCGACCUCAAGAGUAGUGUCAAAGCCGAGUCGCCAGAGGAGUGGAAUCUGCAGAGCUGGGCUCCCAAAGGGGCUCCGGUGUACUGCCCGGCCAGCAUGGGGAAUUGUUUCCCAGAGAUAAGAAACGAUAGGGUAUCUGAGAUUACAUUCCCACACUCUGAAAUUUCCAAUACUGUAAAAAGAACUGACCUGACAAUUAACUGCCUGGCAGAGGGGGCCUCUUCACCUAGCCCAAAGACAAACAAUGUAUUUCCACAACAAAGAAUACUCCGAGAGGCUAGGAAAUGCCUACAAGCAACUCCAACUACACACUGUGCAGAAAACAACACAAUAGCUGCUAGGUUCUUAAAUAAUGAUUCUUGCGGAACAGCAGCAAAUUCAGGCAAAGAUUCCAAAAUCCCUCAUUGUCCUGAAUUUGCUACGGAUUUGCCCUCUCCUCAAACUGAUCCCGGAGUGGAUGCAGCAACAGCAGCAGCAGCAGCUAAAGCUGAGAGUCUCUGCACUGACAUGGGCGACAAGACAUUGCCAUUUCUGCACAAUAUUAAAAUCAAAGUAGAAGACAGUAGUGCUAAUGAAGAGUAUGAACCUGAUCUUAUUACAAAUAAACUAAAGUGGGAGUGCAAUGAUACCGAGGGUGAGUUUUACAGUAUGACUGAGAAGAAAGAGGAGGACGCCUUGGUACCCACAGCCAAGGAAGGUUUUGCAUGCCCUGAGAAAGAAACGCCUUCCUUAAAUCCACUGGCUCAGAGUCAGGGCCUCUCAUGCACUUUAGGAUCUCCAAAACCUGAGGAUGGGGAAUAUAAAUUUGGUGCCAGGGUGAGAAAAAAUUACCGGACACUAGUACUGGGCAAACGAGCAGUUCUUCAGACACCUCCAGUCAAACCAAAUUUGAAAUCAGCUAGAAGCCCUCGUCCUACAGGUAAAACUGAGACACAUGAAGGAACACUGGAUGACUUUACAGUUUUAAACAGACGCAAAAAGGUAGCCAGCAAUGUAGCAUCAGCAGUGAAAAGACCAUUUAAUUUCAUGGCAAAUUUUCCUUGUCCACCCUCACUCAUUGUUGGGAAGGAUGGGGAUUUGUGGCCUGCGUAUUCCUUAAACACCACUAAGGAUUCCCACCCUCCUCACAAGGCCCAUCCUAUAUGGAAAUGGCAGCUGGGCGGCUCUGCAAUACCUCUUCCACCUAGUCACAAAUUCAGGAAAUUUAAUUCAUAAAAAAAAUGUUUUGGAAGAUAUUUUCUUGAACCCUAUUACCUUCCUUUUGUUGUAAACUGCACAGGAUGGCUUGUACCAAGUCCAUUAAUGGUGUUACACCCCUUUUGGAGUCCUGGUUUAUCGCAUUUUGAAGACAGAAAUCGGAUUACUUUUUUUCCCA